ACCACUAACAACUACCUUCUCUAACCACUUCUAACUACCCUCCCCUUCGUCUCUUCACAGUGGAGCGUGGUGCUGGGGGUGAGCUUCUGGGUGAUGGGCCUCAUGCCAUCUGAGGUUGGACCCGCCUACCCCAGCAAUAACAAUGACCCGAAGAGCUAUCUGCCCGAGACGUCAGGGGGCAGGCCAGACUGUGUCCAGGACCCGCGCGACACGUUCUGCACCGAUCCCAAGAACUACCCGAAGGAGCGCAUCCUCUACCUCUUGGAGAAUAAGAUGUUCGAUAUGGAUUCAAUGUUUAUGGACGAGAGCCGAGACUCCUACAUCUUCGAAUCCAGAGACGCGCCUCCGCCGGUCACCAUGUACAGCUACGACCCACUACGACAACCCUACGACGGCACACGACAGCAGUACGACCCACUAAGACAGUCGUACAAGCCGCCGAGCCAGAGUUACGGGCCUCCACCUCCUUCUCCAUCCCUUCCCUCCGGCGGCUACCUCCCUCCUCAACACAGCAACUACUCCACCACUUCCAAACCCUUCCACCCCCCUCCACCUCCGCCGCUACCACCGCCAACGAAGUAUGGACCCCCUCAUACGUCAUACGGAGGCGACCCCUAUCACUAUGGCACCCCAGCCCCAGUGUACGAUAACGAGGGACCUUACCCGCGGUACAGAAAGAACACAACCCCGCCCAGUACUUAUCUGACGCGUUACUUGCCGCCCCCGCCGCCCAGAGCACCCCCGAAGCCGCAGCCGUGGUGGAGGAAAGUCAUGAGGUCUUCACGGCGGCGGCAGAAGAGGCAGGUUUCCGGGAACGAGGAGCUCUGUGCCUACGUCGAGGAGUACCAUCCGGCCCGAUCCGCCCUCAGCACCAAGGGGGAGUGGAUGUUCCUCGUCAACGUGGAUGAUCGGUACUCCCAGCAAGUGAAUGUCAAGAAGUGCAUACCCGAAUCGUCCUGCUCAGGCUCCUGCAACGUCCCCUUCGGCUUCACUACCCUGUGCCAUCAACAAUACGCCCAGAAACGCCUCAUCGCCCUCGACGGCUCCGGCAGCAUCCUCAGGCAAGACCUCUUCUGGUUCCCUGUGUGCUGCCUCUGUACGAUCGUCCCCGCAUAACGCGUGUGGGAGUGGCGAUGCGUGGGUGAAGAGGAGCUGGGUUUGGUCCUCCCCGUGAGUCUGACUGUAGAGAGACCGUUGUGUUAGCCGGUUAGCUUGUAUAGUGACGCCAAAAAUGACCGCACCAGUGUUUAGAAGAGUGACCCAUGGAAACGAAGCUCUACACCCCGUUUUCUCUAUGUCCUGAGGAAAGACCCGAGUUAGAUUAGUUACCGUUUCCAAUCCUGUUUCGUGAGGCCAGUGUUGUUAGAGUUGUCCAUGGAAACGAAGGUCUAUACCCCAUUUUCUCUAUGCCCUGAGGAAAGACCCGAGUUAGAUUAGUUACCGUUUCCAAAUCUGUAUCGUGAUCCCAGAAAUGACCGCACCAGUGUUUAGAAGAGUGACCCAUGGAAACGAAGCUCUAUACCCCAUUUUCUCUAUGCCCUGAGGAAAGACCCAAGUUAGAUUAGUUACCGUUUCCAAAUCUAUAUCGUGAUCCCAGAAAUGACCGCACCGGGGUUUAGAAGAGUGACCCAUGGAAACGAAGCUCUAUACCCCAUUUUCUCUAUGCCCUGAGGAAAGACCCAAGUUAGAUUAGUUACCGUUUCCAAAUCUGUAUCGUGAUCCCAGAAAUGACCGCACCAGUGUUUAGAAGAGUGACCCAUGGAAACGAAGCUCUACAUCCCAUUUUCUCUAUGCCCUGAGGAAAGACCCAAGUUAGAUUAGUUACCGUUCCCAAUCGUGUUUCGUGACGCCAGAAAUGACCGCACCGGUGUUUAGAAGAGUGACCCAUAGAAAGAAAGCUCUAUACCCCAUUUUCUUCAUGCCCCGAGGAAAGAGUGACACUUCCCGACGUAUGUACCCGAGUUAAAAUAGUUACCAUCUCCAAGCCUGUAUCGUGACACCAGAAAUGACCUCACCAGUGUUGUUUUUCAGAGAAGUUAUCCAUGUAAACGAAGCUCUACACUCCAUUUUCUUUAUGCCCCAAGGAAAGACAGAAAGACCCGCUUCAUGAGACCGCUCGUUCAGAGUUAGAAUAGUUACCAACGCCUAAUCUAUAUCGUGACACCAGAAAUGACCUCAUCAGUGUUGUUUUUAGAGAAGUUACCCAUGGAAAUGAAGCUCUACACUCCAUUUUCUAUGUCCCAAGGAAAGAAAGGUCCAUAGCGUCAAACUCUUGGAAGGCUUUAAUAGUCCGUCCGUCUCAAGGCUCUCGCAGAAGUAGGUUAAUUGGUUGGUUUCUUGAGCCUGGCGGUAGUUUUACAAGACCUCCGCGCUGUGAAUGGGACACAACACUCCUGACAACCCAACGUAGCUCCUCUCUGGCCCUGAAAAACGUUCAUAACAAGAGCCACAAACGUUUGAAAAUACGAGUGUAAGUUAAAAUAGUUACCGCAGCAACUUGAGCGCCUAGAAAACGAUCCCCCAACAGUAAAAGUUCAGAGACAACGUAGCUGAAAUAGGGGUGACUUAAGGAUUAUUAGCACCCCUUACGGACAAUAGUUGGGUGUGAUGUUACCCUUAAGAGCUCUGUGGUGCCCCCUAGAGCUCUGUGCUGACCCUAGAGCUCUGUGCUGACCCUUAGGGCUCUGUGCCGCCCCCUAAAGCUCUCUGCUGCCCCCUAGAGCUCUGUGGUGCCCCCUAGGGCUCUGUGCCGCCCCCUAGACCUCUGUGCUGACCCUUAGAGCUCUGUGCCGCCCCCUAGAGCUCUGUGCCGCCCCCUAGAGCUCUGUGCCGCCCCCUUAGAACUCUGUGCCGACCCUUUGAGCUCUUUGAUGCCGCCCUCUAGAGCUCUAUUGCUACCCUGAGAGCUCUUUACUGUCACCCUUUAGAGCUCUGUUUCUACCCUUAGAGCUCUGUGGUGCCACUUAGAGCUCUUUACUGCUACCAAAAGAGCUCUCUGCGUCAGCGUUCCUCUCCGAUACGUGUGAUGUGCAGAGUCGUGUGAGGGACUCGCUGGCUCGUGUUCUGAUGUGAUUCUGAAGUGAUGAUGUGAACGAGUGUGUCUUUCUUAAACAUCCCGCCACCUCAGCUCGCAUGUUUGAAAAGCCUCUCGUCGUGCAAGUUGCUGCUGGGAUACCCAUAGACUGUUUUGUGAUGGUGACAGUUCUACCCGACUUCCUCACUUGAGCGUUAGAAGCACCAAUGAAAAUGAGGUCAAUCUUCUCUGUGGCCUUGGGAUAUGAUCGUAGUAGAACCCGAAACGUUUAGAAAUAGGAAGCGAAGAUAGACUCCAGCCCCCUAAAACAAUGAAGAAGUUGCUGGGAUUUCCAUAGACUGUUUUGUGAUUCUAGUGACAGUUCUACCCGACUUCCUCACUUGAGCGUUAGAAGCACCAAUGAAAACGAGGUCAAUCUUCUCUGUGGCCUUGGGAUAUGAUCGUAGUAGAACCCGAAACGUUUAGAAAUAGGAAGCGAAGAUAGACUCCAGCCCCCUAAAACAAUGAAGUUGCUGGGAAUUUCAUAGACUGUUUUGUGUUGCCAGUGUUAGCUUUACACGACUGCUGGACCUUGAACGGGGAAAAUGCACCUAUGAAAACCAUGCUAAUCUUCUCUUUAACCCUGGAAAAUAAUCGCAGUGGAAGCCUGAUACGUUUAAGAAUAGGAUGGAAAGAUAUACUCCAACCUACUAAAACGCUGAAGAAGAAGAAGAAGAAGAAGAAGAAGCAGAAGAAGAAGAAGAAGAAGAAGAAGAAGAAGAAGAAGAAGAAGAAGAAGAAGAAGAAGAAGAAGAAGACGAAAAAGAAGAAGAAAAAGAAAAAGAAAAUGAAAAUGAAAAUGAAAAUGAAGAAGAAGAAGAAGAAGAAGAGUAAAAGUAGAAGAAGAAGAAGAAGAAGAAGGCCACUGGAAAGCAAAGUGUGUGAAUAAACAGGAGAGAGGAUCAAAAAGAGGAGGACCUACGAAGCGAUACUGAACGAUACAGAAGAAGAAGAAGAAGAAGAAGAAGAAGAAGAAGAAGACAACGUUCAUUUUGUGUUCUUCAGGACCCACCACGCCUAACCACGACCCUGCAACAGCCUUCAAUCACUAUCGUCAGCAACACUUCAAAAUAUGUAACAGCGGCAGGUGCGAAGGUCUAAGUGGUGUUUCGAGAGGUGUAAGUGGUGUUACAAGAGGUAUAAGUGGUGUUUCAGGAGGUCUAAAUGGUGUUACAAGAGGUCUAAGUGGUGUUUCGAGAGGUCUAAGUGGUGUUUCGAGAGGUCUUACUGGUGUUUCAAGACCUUAAAGUGGAGUUUGAGGUCUUAGCGGUGUUUCCAGAGGUCUAAGUGGUGUUUCCAGAGGUCUUUCGGGCGUUCAAGAUGUCUUAUUGGUGUUUCAAGACGUUAAAGGGGAGUUUGAGGUCUUAGCGGUGUUUCCAGAGGUCUAAGUGGUGUUUCCAGAGGUCUAAGUGGUGUUCAAAGAGGUUUCAGUGGAGUUCCAGAGGUCUUAAAAGCCCCGUUCACACUAUGGCGACUCUGGGCCACGACAACCCAGCGACUCAGUACACGAGGUCUUGGGUGUGAAAUGUUGAUGUGGAAGGGUCGCACAUGGUCGGGAAGAGGUCUUGAAACGAUCGUCGGAUGUUGAGUCGGCACAGUGUGAAGGGGGCUAAGAGUCGCAGGGUUGUUGUGGCCCAGAGGCGGCAAAAUGUGAACGGGGCCUGAGUGGUCUUCAAGAGGUGUCCAAAAUGGGUUGUGAGAGUUAUGCUUCAAAGAAAACGUGGUGUCGGCCAGAGAGGUUUAACGGACACUGCGUUAUGCCUAUCCCUACAGUACCUUUGUUUCUAUUUAUGCCCCGAUGUAUUACCACUUCUAUUACUACUAUUACUAUUAUUGUUACUAUUAUUAUUUAUAUGCUUCUUCGUGAUAAUUUAUGUGUUCGGCUACUGUCCGUAUUAUCUUUGUCAUUAUUAUUAUUAUUGUUAUUAUUAUUAUUAUUAUUAUUAUUAUUAUUAUUAUUUGUGUUGUGGAAUUUAGUGGCUCCGUGGCUUAGGUGGUCGACUCGUAAACCAAGUGUCACGAGGUCGAUCCCCGCUCACGGUAGCCUUUUGGUGAGAGAAUUAGCGGCCUUUUGUGACAAGGAGACUCUUUAUUUUAACUUUUAUUAUUAUUAUUAUUAUUAUUAUUAUUAUUAUUAUUAUUAUUAUUAUUAUUAUUAUUAUUAUUAUUAUUAUUAUUCCCUGUGCAGUAUUGUAUGUACGUUCACCUCCCUGAUUUGUUUUACCAAGUGUUCUAAAAUAACAAAAAAAAAACAUAUAUAAACAAAAUCAGCUGUUUCACCUUAGAUGGAUAGUCUCUUUUGAUAAUAAUAAAUAAAACUAACAGAAUAAAGCUGAUAAAAAAUGUCAUAAA